AUCCUUCUCCCAGACGUCACCGCGCGUCGUCCUCCUCGCCCUCCAGGCUGCCCGCGUCCCGCCGAGCCUGACCACCGUCCUCUGCCUGCUGCCGCCGCUAUGCUGCCCGCCGCGCUGCUCCGCCGCCCCGGCCUGGGUCGCCUCGUGCGCCAGGCUCGCGCCUACGCCGAGGCUGCGGCCGCCCCAGCCCCCGCCGCGGGCCCGGGACAAAUGUCUUUCACCUUCGCCUCUCCCACACAGGUCUUCUUCAAUGGCGCUAACGUCCGGCAGGUGGAUGUGCCCACACAGACAGGAGCUUUCGGUAUCCUGGCAGCCCACGUGCCCACCCUGCAGGUCCUGCGGCCGGGGCUGGUUGUUGUCCAUGCUGAGGAUGGCACCACCACCAAAUACUUCGUCAGCAGUGGCUCGAUCACAGUGAACGCUGAUUCAUCAGUUCAGUUACUGGCUGAAGAGGCUGUGACGCUGGACAUGCUGGAUUUGGGGGCAGCCAAGGCAAACUUGGAGAAGGCACAAUCGGAGCUGUCAGGGGCAUCCGACGAGGCCACGAGGGCUGAAAUCCAAAUCCGAAUCGAGGCCAACGAAGCCCUGGUGAAGGCUCUGGAGUAGGCGGUGCGUGCUCCUCGCCAGUGUCAGCAGGGAAACCAAGACCAGAGUGGGACAGGGGUUGGAACCAGCUCUCCUGGGUCCAGUAUGAGGGUGGGAGCAACCCCUCGGGGAGGCAGCCAUCCUUGUCUUGGGGAGGGAGGGCAGCAAAUUGCUAGCUUCUCCCAGGCCUGGUGGCAGGGGUGAGCUCAGAGACCUGCUCUGCUCUUGGGGGGACUGUCACCUAAGGGAUUUGCCUCCCCCCUCCAAAGAUCCCACCAAUCUGACCUGCUGCCCUCCACUUUCAUGCUGUAAAAUCUCUUCUCCCUACUGCCUCCUCUGGACAGCUUGUCCCCAGUGUGCACCCCAUUAAAGACCAGGGAUCCC